GUGUGAAAGUAGCCUAAUACUCAAAAUUCCUUUUUUUUUUUUUUUUUUUUCCAUUUACAAUUAUGAUGAAUAUUUUGCUUCACCAAAAUAACUUGAUUAUUGUAGAAUAGACUUUCUAUUUCCCUUUUUUGCAUGUUACUUACAACUUUGGAUAUUUCAAAACCCACCUUUUUUUUGCCUUUGACCUAUUGCUGCUAACUAUUGAGUAUUGAAUUUUAAAAAUGGCCUUGGAUAUGUGGGGAAUAAUUCAGUCACCAUUUUAUAAGACUGCCGCUAGGAGGUUAUGCAGAGGCUAGCAUGGGGCUGACGCUGGGUCUGUCUCCGAGUGAUAUUGACUAUGCAGCCUCUUCCUUCCCCCGCCUCUCUCUUCUUCUCGUGAGAUCCGAGGAGGUGCCACGGGGGGGCGCGUACGUGGGUGAGCGCGUUGGGUUUACCAGCCGGCGGGGGGCCGAGGCUGAUGAGCGUGGGCGGCAAAGGCGAGCCCUUUACUAUAAGGUGGCUAUAGCUACCGCAGAAGUGGCAGUGACAGGUUUGGACCUCCAGUUCGUACAAUGUAUCGUCUGAGAGUGGAGAACUUAUCUACGAGGUGCAGUUGGCAAGACUUAAAGGACUUUAUGCGGCAGGCUGGGGAGGUCACUUAUGCUGAUGCUCAUCAUCGCCGACCUAAUGAAGGAGUCAUAGAAUUCCGUUCAUAUUCAGACAUGAAGAGAGCACUAGAAAGACUGGAUGGUAAAGAGGUGAACGGCCGAAAGAUUCGUCUUGUGGAGGAUAGGGCUUCAUCUGGGACUAGACGCUCCUCUUCUCGCAGCCGUUCAAGAUCUCGAUCAUGGAGGAGCAGCCGCUCUAAAUCUAGAUCUCGAAGCAGGAGCAGACGUCGAGACCGAAGAAGCAGGAGUCGCAGUAGAGACAGGAGAGAUAGCAGAAGUUUAAGCAAGGGUAGAAGGGACAGUAAAAGUCGAAGUAGGGAAAGGAGCAGGAGCAAAAGUCGCAGCAGAAGUGUAAGCAAAAGUAGGAGAGGAAGAAGCCGUAGUAACAGUAAAGAGAGAAGCAGGAGUCUUAGCAAAUCACGAAAGAAUGGAGGUAGCCGAAGCCCUAGUAGAGAGCAUAAGAGCGCAAGUCGGAGCCGGAGCAAGGUGAGGGACAGCAGAAGUAAAGAACGAAGUCCUAGUAAGGAGAGAGAAGAAAAGAAUGGGAGUCAAGAAAAAAGUCCAAUAAAGCAUGCUGAUGAAAAGGAAAGAAGCCGAAGCAAUGAUAGAGAUAGAAGCCACAGCAAGGAAAGGAGGGAUAGUAAGCGGAGAGAUAGGAACAGAAGCAGGGACAGGAGAGAGAGAAGUAGGACCAGGGAUAGAAAGAGAAGGGACAGAAGCCGCAGCAAAGAAAGAUACAGUCGCAGCAAGGAGAGAAGCAGAAGUCGCAGCAGAGAAGAAAGGAAAAGAAAGCGAGACAGGAGUCGCAGCAAAGAAAGAAGCAGAAGGAACGGCAGGAGAAGCCGCAGUCCAAGUCGGGAGAGAAAUUUGAAACGUAGCCGGGAGGAUAGAAGCAGCAGUAAAGAGGCUAACAAAGGCAAAAGUGAGGACACUGUAGCAUUUACUACAGAGUCUGAUCAGGAAAUUGAGGAAGGCGAGAUUGUUUGCAAUGACAAAGGGACUAGAGACGGUAACUCUGGUGCCCUUGCUUCAUCUUCUCCACCUCCUGCUGAAGCUACUGUCCUGGAGGAGAAAACGGUAGUAGUAGAUGAAGAAGAAGAAGCGGCUGAAUCGGCAAACUCACCGGCCGCUGAAUCGGCAAACUCGCCGGCCGCUGAAUCGGCAAACUCGCCGGCCGCUGAAUCGGCAAACUCGCCGGCCGCUGAAUCGGCAAACUCGCCUCCCGCUGAGUCGGCAAACUCGCCUCCCGCUGAGUCGGCUAACUCGCCUCCCGCUGAGUCGGCUAACUCUCCUCCCGCUGAGUCGGCUAACUCUCCUCCCGCUGAGUCGGCUAACUCUCCUCCCGCUGAAUCGGCAAACUCGCCGGCCGCUGAAUCGGCAAACUCGCCUCCCGCUGAGUCGGCUAACUCUCCUCCCGCUGAGUCGGCUAACUCUCCUCCCGCUGAGUCGGCUAACUCUCCUCCCGCUGAGUCGGCUAACUCGCCUCCCGCUGAGUCGGCUAACUCGCCUCCCGCUGAGUCGGCUAACUCGCCUCCCGCUGAAUCGGCUAACUCGCCUCCCGCUGAGUCGGCUAACUCGCCUCCCGCUGAGUCGGCUAACUCGCCUCCCGCUGAGUCGGCUAACUCGCCUCCCGCUGAGUCGGCUAACUCGCCUCCCGCUGAGUCGGCUAACUCGCCUCCCGCUGAAUCAAUUAACUCGCCUCCUAAACCGCAGUCCAGACCACCCACCCCUACAGAGCCUUGAAGUUACUUUGCAGUCUGUUUUCUAUUUAUUUUGGAAAUUAAACCAUUUUAAUAUAUAUCUCAUGGUCUGUAAGCAUCUGCCCAAUAAUUCAUUUUCAGAGCAAGUUUGUUGGAAGAAGACUUUUCAGUGAAUGCAUGAUCUUAUUUGCAGAACAUUUUGGUUGCUUAAUGAGGUAGAUAUUUUUAAGUGGUAAAAUGGCCACAGAAACCAGACAAUAAUGUCUGAGAAUGGCACCCUAAAAUCUGGCACACUUGAUCAUUUAUAAUUACCGUAGUUGGUUUUUUUUUUUUUGUGCCAUUUUUGUUCUCUUGUGUUUUU